AGUGUGUACUACCACCAGGGAUAAUAGCAGCAAUGGCCAGCAAGAUUCAACGCUCCGCAAACGCAGCCCGCGUACAACCAGACGAAAUUGAAUUGGCUGUCGGCCAAGCUCUUGUUGACUUGGGCAACAACGUCCCAGACCUCAAGGCUGAGCUUGCUCCACUCACCAUCUCAUCUGCCCGUGAGGUUGAUGUCAAGGGUGGUAAGAAGGCCAUCGUCGUCUUCGUCCCUGUCCCACAACUCAAGGCUUUCCACAAGGUCCAACAACGUUUGACCCGUGAGUUAGAGAAGAAGUUCUCUGACAGACACGUCGUCUUCGUUGCUCAACGUCGUAUCCUUCCAAAGCCAACCCGUAACACCAAGCAAACUCAACAAAGACCACGCUCACGUACUCUUACUGCUGUCCACUCAGCUAUCCUCGACGAUAUCGUCUUCCCAUCUGAAAUCGUUGGUAAGCGUCUUCGUCAAUCUGCUGACGGUAGCAAGUUGAUCAAGUGUUACCUUGAUCCAAAGGACUCACACAUCCUCGAGCACAAGCUCACCUCAUUCGAGUCUAUCUACAAGCGUCUCGCAGGCAAGGAUGUCGUCUUUGAGUUCCCAGCACACGCUGACGUCUAAAUUUAUUGACGUUGUAUGUUCUAUGCAUGUGGAAAUCACUUGAAA